UCUCAAUCGGUCAUGGAGAGAGCAAGAUCAUUCCUACAGUCUCCAACUUACGGAAAUGUUAUCACUGUCCUUAGCAUCGAUGGUGGCGGCAUAAGAGGCAUUAUUCCAGCUAUAGUCCUUGGCUUCUUAGAGUCUGAGCUUCAGAAGCUGGAUGGUGAGGAUGCAAGAAUUGCAGACUAUUUUGACGUGAUCGCGGGGACUAGCACCGGCGGACUUGUGACGGCCAUGCUUGCGGCCCCAAAUGAAAAAAACCGGCCAUUGUUCGCUGCAAAGGAUAUCAAGAACUUUUACCUUCAACACUGCCCAAAAAUCUUCCCUCAAGAUAGCAUCCCACUUGCUGGCCGAGCCACCGAGAUCAUUAAAUCUCUGACGGGGCCGAAAUAUGAUGGCAAGUACUUGCACAAGCUGCUCAAAGAGAAACUAGGAGACUUGAAAUUGCACCAAACACUCACUAAUGUUAUUAUUCCAACUUUUGACAUCAAGCGUCUCCAGCCGAUUAUCUUCUCCAGCUAUGAGGUCAAAAGAAACCCCAGCCUAGAUGCUUUACUAUCAGAUAUAUGCAUCGGAACCUCCGCGGCGCCAACUUAUCUUCCGGCUCACUGUUUCAAUACCGAAAACUCCAAUGGCGAAGUUGUCAGAGAAUUCCAUAUCAUUGAUGGCGGUGUUGCAGCCAACAACCCGGCUUUGGUUGCUGUAAAUGAAAUUGCAAAAGAAAUUCACCAGGGAAAUCCUGACUUCUCUCCGAUCAAGCCAAUGGAAUUUGGGCGAUUCCUGGUUAUAUCAUUAGGAACAGGCUCACCAAAAAGCGUGGAGAAAUACAACGCCGAUGAAGCAGCAAAAUGGGGUAUCAUCGGAUGGUUAAACAGCCACCAUUCCACUCCGUUGGCUGAUAUAUUUACUGAAGCUAGUAGUGACUUGGUUGACUUCUUUCUCGCUACUGUGUUUCAGGCUCUCCACUCAGACAAAAAUUACCUUCGGAUCCAAGAUGAUACUCUGGGCUAUACGGAAUCUUCUGUUGAUAUGGCAACAGAGGAAAACCUGGGUAACCUUGUGAAAAUUGGCGAGGCAUUGUUGAAGAAAUCAAUUUCAAGGGUGAAUUUGGAUAGCGGUAUCUAUGAGACUUUUCAUGAAACUACAAAUGAAGAAGCUCUUAGAAGGGUUGCUAGAAUGCUUUCCCGGGAGAGAAUGACUCGUGAAGCAAGAUCACCUAUUAGAAAGGUGGUUGCCGCAGCAACAGCUUCCAAGUGAUAUAUUAAAUUUAUUGACUAAAUAUUAAAAUA